AUGGCAGCAGCUAGAGGGGGUGCAAGUAGUGCUAGAGGGGGUGCUACUAGCAUGAGAGGUCCAAUAGACUUGUUUGUUAGAAGACCUGAAACUGCCAUUGUAAGAAACAAAAGAGAGAAAUUGAGGCAGCAAAACAUCAAAGAAGCAUGUAAUAAGGAAGCAGUUCGUAGAGUUCAUCAAUACAUAGCACGGUGGUUCUACCAAGCUGGGAUUCCAUUGAACCCAGUAAAGUUGAAGAGUUUUCAAGAAAUGUUGUGUGCUGUUGGAAGCUUUGGUCCCAAUUUACCUGCUCCUAAUUAUCAUACUCUAAGGCUGCUUAAUGAGGAGUUGGAAUACACCAAAGGAUUGUUGAAUGGUCUUGGAAUAAUGUUUUUGAAGUCUAUUGAUGCUUCUGAUUAUGUGAAGACUGGUGAAAAUUUAUUUGAGCUUUUUGAUGAUGUUGUGGAGGAAAUUGGUGAGCACAACGUUGUUCAAGUUGUAACUAAUAAUGGGAGUAAUUAUGUUCUUGCCGUCACCCGAUUUGCCACUUCAUUUCUCUCUUUGGAAAGGCUUUUUGAGGAGAAAGGAAAUAUGAGAAGAAUAUUCACCUCGGAUGAAUGGGCAAAGAAUAAGUUGUCAAAGGAGGCAAAGGGGAGGGAGGCAACAAAGAUUGUUAUCAUGUCCUCUUUUUGGAAUCAUGUCAAGUAUACCCUUAAGAUCAUGGGCCCUCUUGUUCGAGUGCUUAGACUUGUUGAUGGGGAGAAGAAGCCACCAAUGGGAUAUAUUUAUGAAGCAAUGGAGAAGGCAAAGGAAUGCAUCAUGAAAGCAUUUCUUAAUGAUGAGAGCAAGUACAAUGAUGUUUUUAAAAUAAUUGACAACAGAUGGAAUUGCCGACUUCAUCGUCCGUUGCAUGCAGCCGGUCAUUUUCUAAAUCCCGAGUUGUUUUACGACAACCCUCGGAUUAAGCUGGAUUUAGAAGUUACAAAGGGGUGGUUUGAGUGCAUCACUAGAUUGGUGCCAAGUCAAGCUGUGCAACAAAAGAUAUUGGAGGAGCAAGCACUAUACAAGGCUGGCUAUGGACUUUUUGGACCAGAUUUUGCAAAAUCUCAAAGGAAAAAGAUUUCACUCGAUAAGAUUGAUGUCCGUAAAUGUAGAAUGGCUUCCAGGAACAUGGGUCACAUGCUUCAGCCGGAGAAUCAGCGCCUGCAAUGGUUUGGAACCUUGCAAAGGUUAUGCCGCUGGAAUGCCUUAUCUGACUUGCGAGUAGGAUUGCGUCGGGUGCGGGUCGAAACCGACAAAUGA